AUGGGGGAGGACACCUCCAUGUCGGACUACACGUGCUCAGAGGACGAGGGCGCCUCCGGGCGCCGGCUGGGAGCCGCGGGCGCCGCGUGCAGCGAGGACGCCGCAAGGCCAAACAAGGGAGGUAAGCCGCGGUCAGCGGGCUUGACAUUAAAGUACCGAACGGGAACGACCCAUAAACGGCCGUUGGCCGCUACAUCCGCAGAUGAGGACGCCCCGGCCGUGGCGCAUAAAGUGGCCUCCUCUUCGACGAGGGGCCGCGUUAGGCGCCCGGUAGGGGUUUACAGCUUCCUCAAGGAAGCUAAAGACUACGUAGCUGAUGGGGGGGAUAGUGAGGGGGAGGACCCCGACCCAACUUACCGUCCAUCCGGGAGGAAGACGAGCCCCGUAGUGGCUUCAGCAAAAGCCUCUGACGACGGGACCCCCGACGCCCUAUCCAGGGGCACGGUCGAGGCCCUCGCCGAGGAGGCUCUCAAAAGCGUGGAGAAAAUUAAGGAAGAAAUCAAGAAGAGUAGCCACCUAAAGGGUACCGUGUGGGGCCAAAUUAACCGGGCCACUAAAUGCGUUGUUGAAGCGGUUGAGGGCCUCCGCGAUAUAACGCCAGAUGAAGAGCAGCGCAGGCUCCGCGCGGACAAUGCUCGCCUUUCAAGGGAGCUGGAUAUUGUCCGCAACGAGCUGCGUGCCUUCAAGCAGGCGUACGUGGAGUCGCAGCGGAAGUCCGCUGCAGCCCCGAAAGAGGCCACAGGGCCACAGCAGCCCAACUUUGAGGAGGUGCUAAGAUAUGCUAUGGAGGAAAUGAAGGGGCAACUCCUGCAGUCGGUAGGCGGGAUGAUCAAUGCCCGCCUACAAGACCUGGAGAUGCGCCUUCCUCCGGAGCCCGUCAUGAGGCCCCCCCUGCGUGCCGACCAACGGCAGCCGCCGCCGCCCCGUCACAAGUCCCGGUCGGGGAUCGUGGAGGGCGCCAUGGAGGUGGAUGGGGAAGCCCAGCCAUCCCCGGCGCCCACACCUAGGGCGGUAAAGAAGGCACCGAAGAAGGGCGCUGCAAAGCGGCCGACUGCCCCCCCGCCACCUCCUCCCUCCAAGGGAAAACAGGGGGCAGGACAGGCAGACGCGACCCCUCCCCCCCCAACCGCUGGAACAAGUGGAGAGGGGGAAGCCCAGUCGGGGACUGUGGGCAACUCCUGGUCCGAGGUUGUCCGGCGGAAGAAGAGGGGAAAUGCCGCUGUCGCUGCUUAUUCCCCCCCCUCAGCCGGAACAACCCGGCAGAUCGCCCCGGCCCCACCAAAGGCCGUUAAAAUCGUGGCCCCAAAAACCGCGGCCAUAGUGGUGACCCUCAAGAAAGGGGCCACCAUGACCAAUGCGGAAGGGGCCACGACUGACGCGAAGUACACCGAGGUCCUGGCAAAGGCCAGGUCCUCGAUAUCCCUGAGGGAAUUCGGUUUGGAGUCGGUCAAGAUCCGAACGAGCAUGACCGGCUCCAAACUGAUGGAGGUCGGGGGGACCUCCCCCGAGGAAACUGCUGACCGCCUUGCCGCCGCCCUGGUGGAGGCAGUAGGCAGCUGGGCGGACAUCACCCGCCCAACCAAAAUGGCCGUCCUCAGGAUCACCGGUCUGGAUGACACGGUGACCACUGAGGAAGUGGCGGCCCAACUGGCAUCGGUCGGCGGGUGUCCCCCCACCUCCAUGAAAGUAGGCAAUAUCAGGCCGAGUUUCUGGGGCGGAGGCUCCGCCCUGGUCAAGUGCCCAGCGACUGCCGCUAAGGCAGUCGUGAAGGCGGGACGAGUGGCCAUCGGAUGGACGAUGGCCACCGUCAAAGCAGUGGAGGCCCAGCCAUUGCGUUGCUAUAAAUGCAUGAUGCUGGGCCACACUCGCGCUCUAUGCCCAGCGGAGACAGAGAACGGGCGUCUCUGCUUCCGCUGCGGCAGUGAAGGACACAAGUCGGCAGAGUGCGAGGCCCCCUGCAAAUGCACCGUGUGUGCAACGACGGGGCGCCCACACUCACAUGUGAUGGGGGGUGCCAAGUGCACACCCCCGUCGGUGAAGAAAUGCAGGGCACAGGACUUGCUCAUGCAGUGCCUGGCAGAGUGGAGAAUUGCUGUUGCGGUCGUGGCUGAACCCUACUUUGUCCCCCCCCAACCCAGUUGGUUCGGGGACACAGAGGGAUCAGUCGCCAUUGUGGCGCCGCCUUCGAGCCCGCGACCCCUCUCCCUCAGGGAGCGAGGAGCGGGCUACGUGGCGGUGAACUGGGGAGAAGUAGUACUCAUAGGAGUCUACUUCUCCCCAAACAGGAACCUCCGACAAUUCGAGAGGUUCCUGGACGGCCUGGAGCCGGUUGUGCAGCGAGCAUCACCGGCCCAGGUCAUCGUGAUGGGGGACCUCAACGCUAAGUGCGCAGCGUGGGGGUCCUCCAUCACUGACCUGAAAGGGGCGCUUCUCCGGGACUGGGCCGUCAUGAUCGGCUUAGUUCCGGAGAACCAAGGCAACGCCAACACGUGCGUGCGCCGACAAGGGGGAUCAGUCGUGGACGUCACGUUCGCGACCCCCGGCAUCGGUGCACGCAUAUCGUGUUGGCGUGUCCUCGAGGAGGUGGAGACCCUGUCCGAUCAUUUGUACAUCCGGUUCAGGGUCUCCACCGCGCCCCAGGGGUCACAGGCCCGGACGGCAGCGGCAGGACGACGAGGCGUUGAGGGCUUCCCAAAGUGGCAGCUCUCACGCCUCGACCCUGACCUGGCGGAAGAAGCCGCCAUCGUCCGGGCAUGGGCGGAGGAACCCCCCCAAACGGUGGGGGUCGACGAGAGGGCGGCGAGAUUUCGUCGAGAUCUGACCGCCGUCUGCAACGCCGGAAUGCCCAGGGCGCGACGUGGCUUCGCGCCCCGGGAAGGCGUGUACUGGUGGACGCAGGACCUAGCCGCCCUGCGCUCCGCCAGUAACGCAGCCCGACGUGCAUUCACCCGGUGCCGCAGACGGCGGAACCGAACAGAGGAGGAGCUAGAACGCCUUCACGCCGAGCUGAGCUCGGCAAAGAAGGCGUUCUCCAGCGCGAUCAAGGCCGCCAAGGACUCUGCCUAUGCGGAGUUCUUGGCGACCUUAGACGCAGACCCGUGGGGGCGCCCAUACCGCAUGGUGCGGGCGAAGCUGAAGGUGGCGCCCCCCACGGAAACGAUGGAGCCGGCGGUCCUUAGCGCGGUGGUCGAAGGGCUGUUCCCGGAUAGCCCUUCUUUUGUACCACCGCGCAUGACAAGAGACAUGCCGGCGGACGACGACGAACCGCUGAACCGGUCCGCCGCCCUCGCCCCACCCCCGAUAACGAAGGAGGAAAUGGCCAGGGCGGCGGGCCGGCUCAGGGGGACCCGCAAGGCCCCGGGGCCAGACGGAGUGCCUGGAAAGGUCCUGCACAUUGCGCUGGAACACCUCGGGGAACGCCUCCGCAGACUGUUUAACGACUGUCUGGCGGAGGGGCGUUUCCCCGGGGUGUGGAAGGAGGGGCGGCUGGUGUUGCUGAGGAAGGAGGGUCACCCCGUCGACUCUCCUUCUGGUCACCGGCCGCUCGUGAUGCUGGAUGAGGCCGGGAAGCUGCUCGAAAGGGUAUUGGCUUCCCGGAUCAUCCAGCAUCUGGAGACGGAAGGGCCGCAGCUCUCCGAGAACCAGUUCGGGUUUCGGUCCGGGCGAUCCACCCUGGACGCCCUGACCGCCCUGAAAAGGUUCUCGGAGGAUGCGGCCGAGAGGGGUCAGGGGGCGGUGGCGGUGUCACUUGACAUCGCCAACGCCUUCGGCUCCCUCCCCUUCGGAGUAAUAGAGGAGGCACUUCGGUUCCACGAAUUGCCCCUCUAUCUCCGGAGGAUUGUGGGACACUACCUGCAGGAGCGGGUGCUGCCCCGGAUGGCUGUCAUCUGCUACGCGGAUGAUACGAUGAUAGCCGUCCGGGACACCACCUGGAGGAAAGUCAAGAGGAGGGCGGAAGCCGGGGCCACCCUGUUGGUCCGGAGGAUCGAGGCGCUCGGACUCCGCGUGGCACUCCACAAAACCGAAGCCCUUUGCUUCAAAGGGCCGAGGUGGAGAGUGCCCGCAGGAGCGACCCUCCGGAUCAACGGGGACGAGGUCGAGGUUAAGGCCCGGAUCAAAUAUCUUGGCCUUAUCCUCGAUGGGGGUUGGCGUUUCGGAGAUCACUUCCGGACGCUAACCCCCCGACUCGUCGGCGCGGCUUCCGCCCUCGCCAGGCUCCUCCCGAACCUGAGAGGUCCGGGCGUGCAGGUCAGACGACUGUACGCCAUGGUCGUUCGCAGCAUGGCCCUGUACGGCGCGCCGAUAUGGGCAGAAGCCCUUGACGCGCCAAACAGGGCCCUCCUCCGCAGGCCGCAGCGCAUCGUUGCGGUGCGCGCAUGCAUGGCCUACCGCACGGUUGGCCAUGCAGCGGCCUGCGCUUUGGCCGGCACUCCCCCGUGGGAGAUAGAAGCGGGUGUGCUGGCCGAAGCGUACCGGGAGCGGGCCGAGCAGAGAGCUCGGGGCGAAGCCCCGGCUCCAGAGGAGCUCGCCCGGUCCCGGGCGGAGAGAAAGCGAACGACCAUAGAGCUGUGGGCUGCUGGCCUAGCGGACGCCCAAUACGGCGCCCGCACCAUAGAGGCCAUACGCCCACAGCUCUGGGACUGGUGCGGGAGGCGCCACGGCGCGAUGAAUUACAAAUUAACACAGAUUUUAACAGGUCAUGGCUGCUUCGGGCGAUAUCUUCACCGGAUACGAAGAGAGGAGACGACGUCGUGCCACGAGUGCGGCGCUGAUGAGGACACCGCGCAACACACCCUUCAGGUUUGUACAGCGUGGUCCGAAGAGCGCCGCACUCUGGUAGCGGCGAUUGGUGAUGACCUCUCACUCCCAGGCGUAAUUCGCGCCAUGCUGGGCAGUGAGGGGUCAUGGGAGGCGGUUUCCUCCUUCUGCGAAAUAACGGCGGCCAUCACCGUCACCCUCAAACCGGGGGCCACGAUCACCAACGCCGAAGGACAGGUCUCUGAGGCCAAAUAUACCGACGUCUUGGCCAAGGCCAAGGCGGAAAUCUGCCUCAGAGACCUCGGCUUGGAGACGGUCAAAGUACGGACAAAGGAGACGGCCGAUCGCCUGGCUGCCGAAUUGACAAGGGUCAUCGGCAGCUGGGCGGACAUCGCGCGCCCGUCCAAGCUCGCGGACCUCCGGGUCUCGGGUUUGGACGAGACGAUAACGCGCGAGGAGGUGGCAGCCAAAUUGGCUACAGUCGGGGGCUGCCACCCCGAGGCCGUCAAAGUGGGCCUAAUCAGGCCCAGCUUCUGGGGUGGGGGGUCCACCCUGGUGAAAUGUCCGGCAGCGGCGGCGAAAGCUGUCGCUCAGAUAGGGAAGGUGGCCAUAGGGUGGAGUAUGGCCACCGUCACCGCGGUAAGGGCCCGGCCGCUGCGCUGCUUUAAGUGCAUGCAGCUGGGCCACACCCGGGCCCUAUGCCCGUCGGAAGCGGAGGAUGGUCGCCUCUGCUUCCGAUGUGGCCAAGAGGGCCACAAGAGGGCGGCGUGCGAGGCGCCUGUCAACUGCGCCGUGUGCAAAAGGACAGGCUGCCCGCACGCCCACGUAAUGGGGGGAGCUAAAUGCACCCCCCCCACCAUGAGGGGGAAGGCCCGCUCCACCGGCCCUCCCCCUGCGCCAAGAGCGCAGCCGCCGUCCGGGCCGCAGCAACCGCCCGAAGAGGAACGUAUGCAGGUGUCAUAA